GAUGGGAAAUCAGCCCACCAAGCACACUGCAGCAAAGCCCAAGAAGGCAGUGCACUGGAAAUCGGCAGAACCACCGGCGCCACCUGGAAAGCCGGCACUUGUUCCAGGCUCACCAUCUUCGGCACCUGACAUCGUAACCAUCCGCUGGAGUCGUCCUGCCACCGAUGGAGGCUCACCAAUACUCGGAUACGUGGUGGAACAGAGGCGGACCGGUUCACCACACUGGGUCCGCACCUGUCCAUCGCUCGUGCAGCAGACAGAACUGUCACUGAGCGGGCUGGAACCUGGCUGGCGGUAUCAGUUCCGUGUGAUGGCCGAAAACAUUGUCGGACGGUCGGAAAGCAGUGAACUGUCCGAUCCGCUAACUGUCACCCUGCAAAGGAAUGCCAUCUCGGCGCCCCGCUUCGUCCACGAGCUGUUCGAUGGGACCGCCGUCGAGAACGAGAAGGUAGAGUUCCGUGUGCAGGUGGUUGGUACACCAGCACCCCAAAUCAGCUGGUUUAAGGAUGGAUUCGAAAUCUACAGCAGUCGGCGGGCGAGGAUCGUCACCGAGGCCGACGUCAGCGUACUCGUCAUCCAUCAAGCAGCACUAACGGACGAGGGUGAGAUCAAGUGUGCGGCCACGAACCGUGCCGGGCAUACGGUAACCCGUUGUCAUCUCACUAUCGACGCGUAUCCGAAAAUACGCUUGCCACGUCAGUACGAAGAUGGUCUGCUUAUCGAGGCGGAGGAGGUCGUGCGUAUGAAGGUGGGUCUGGCAGGACGUCCGCCACCUUCCGUCGAGUGGAGCCACAACGGUGAGCCGUUGGAGAAUGAUGACCGACAUGAGAUUGUCACCACGGAUAAGAACUCAACGCUCAAGAUAACCAGCACAAAGCGUGCCGAUCGUGGAGAAUAUCACAUCCGCGCACUCAACAAGUUGGGGGAAGAUAAUGCAUCCUUCCUGGUGACAGUAACAGCUCGCCCAGAGCCUCCCGGACGUGUAACGGUGGCAAUCUCGUACGGGAAAACUGCCACACUCAGCUGGUCCGCACCGGAAGACGAUGGUGGAUGCAAGAUAGGGAACUACAUCGUUGAGUACUAUCGGGUCGGUUGGGACGUGUGGCUUAAGGCGGCCACCUGCCGUCAGCUCACCGCCACCCUGAGUGAUCUGAUCGAAGGCUCACAGUAUCGGUUUCGUGUGAAGGCAGAGAAUCCGUACGGAUUGAGUGAUCCUAGUGAGGAAUCGGACAUUCUGUUUGUGCCUGAUCCGAAGCGUGGUAUUACAGACGCCUCAAAAAUGCAACACCAACCAUCCACUUUGCCACGCAAGCGACGCGAUAAUUCUCAAUCACCGCUUCGGGAAACAACCUCUAGACCCAAGAAAGCUUUUACGCCGGAACCUUACGGACGGGAUGAAAUUAUGCGCGAGAUGUCGUAUGGCACUCCGCUCGAUCUGGGAAUUGGUCAUGGCUACGCUAGUAACGCGUCACCUGUUCCAGCUUUGGUCGUUACGGAACCAGCCCCACUAGCCGAACCAGAAUCAGAGUCGGAAUCCAUUGGUCCCGCAACGACGAAUGUGGGUCGUACCUCAACCGUUAGCACACAGCAAUCGUCCCUGAAGGCGAUGCAAAAGUUCUCCAAAGAACCUAGCCCACUCUCGUUGAAGCUAUCGGAUCGAGAUCUGUCGUCGAACGGUAAUAGCUCCGAUCAGAUGGGAUCUGGCUCGGUAAGCGGCGCCGAAGCUCAAUCCAACCAGCAGCCAAGCCAAAAAGCGGCCAUCCACAACAGCUCGGAGUUCAUGUUGGUCCUCUACAACGAGCAAGAAGCGAAGAAAUCCACACCAAGCAACAGCACCGCCGAUGGGUUAGCAACUACUGGAUCCGUACCAUCGGGUGCAGUGAAAUCGCCUUGGUUUCGUUGGAGGUUUCAGAAAGAUAGGUACUUCCUCGAAAAACUUCUUACACGACGAGGUUACCCGGGUGUGGUAUCACGCAUGUCGUUGCGAUGCUCGCGAACCGGGCCCGGUAAGCAGUUCAUCCCUGGCCGUAGAGAAGUCUUCAGCAUACUGCUAGGUAAUUCUACCUUCGACUUUGAGCUGGAUGAGCUGGUGGCUCCUCCACCGCCCCUAUCACUAUCUGCACCGGAGCUUAACGUGGAACCUCCGCCUGCACCAACCAUGCGUGUUGGUGUUAGUUCGACGGAACUGCUCUACGAACGUGCUAUGGCACGUUUCUAUCAAGCCGUGGCUUACGAAGAAUCAGAAAACCAGCGUAAAGAAGCAGAACAGGAACAGGCCAUCCGACGCCGCCAAGCCGCUGUCCAAGAGCAAACGCAAGAAGAGAAGAGUAAUGUCACAACCACAACCGUCAGCAACAGAUUGGCCGAUCGUAGAAGUAGCCUCCGGAAGCGUCUCUCGGGGGAUAAGGAUUCGAUCGUAAAGCAGUCCAGCUUCGAGCAGGACCAAGUUCUAUCACAGCCGCAGAACCAAUCUCAACAACAGCAGCAGCUUUCACAUUCCACCCUAGCUGAGGACACGAUCGAUGAAGAACCGGCGCAAGGUGUGGAUCAGACCGAAUCAUUUACGUCUCAGCCUGUCGGAUACUCCGAAGAGGAAGAGUCCGCUUCAUCCUCGAUGAGCUCAAUGAUUGAGGAGCUGAAGAGACGUGAACAGCAGCAGAAAUUGCUCGAACAGCAGGUUCUCGUGCUGCCGAAACGACGCGGCUUUAUGGAUGAUGAUGAAACAGACGAAGAACCGUACCAUCCCGGUGGCGAACGCAUGAGAUCACCGUAUCGUAAUCCAGAUCCAAGUCAGGCGAUUGAGAUCCUCACCAAACCGAUGCCCCUGCCGGAUCCCAACUUUGUACCGAAACCUAUCCUCAAACGACCUUCGACGGAGGUACUGGCAAAGGCAGAACAAGUCGCUAGUAAACAAUCGAACAGUAAUCUCCAAAUCGGUCCACCGCAAGCUCCAAAGCAACCAACUCCGGAGCGAGAGAAAUCUCCUGCAAAAACACCUACUCCACCUCGCAAGAUAGAAGAAGCGCCACAACCGGUAGAGCCGAAGCAGGAAUCCAAACCGGAAAUAGAGUAUCCUCUUUCCCAGAAGCAAGCACCAGAGGGACAAGAGAUCGAGCGAGCGAUCGUCUCCGAAGCAGCUCGUCAGCGACGUCUCGAGUCACGUCAGAACUCCAUCGAAGAGUCACGUGCGGUGGCCGAUUUUUAUAGCGAUAUGGUACAACAGAUCGAAAGCUCAAAGAAACCUCGCAAACUGCCGCUCUACAUGAGCCCUGAUGAGGUACGCCGGCUGAAUGAGCGUGAAUACUCACGAAACUCUUCACGAGCCGGUUCGCGAUCACCACUCCCACCGGAAGAUGCGCAUCUAAUGCGUGGCCGUACUUCAAGAUCACCCUCGCUAUCUUCCGACCAUCCGAUGGUUGUACAGCGCGGCAGUAGACCAGCCCGGGAGAGCAAGAUCUUGAGACAACGAUCGGCUUCAAUUGAAAGUGACGCCACCCCUAGACCACCUUCCGUCACGAGAGACACUGUCGGCAGUCCGGUGCAGGUGCGGGACGAAGAAAAUGGACGUGUCAGUAGACCGACCGACAAGAAACGAGGUACGGGAGUAACUGGCGCAGCGGUUAGAAAUCGAUCACGAUCAAAUUCAGCCAUUAGAGCCGGGGCACAGAAUACAGCAGCGCCAUCUAAAGUGCCAUCAACAGUGGCUGCUGCUCCUUUGGCGAAUAUAAAUGCCCGCAGCCUCUCCAAACAGCAACCUACUCCAGAACCUGCCGAACCGGAGUUACCAAAAUCCAAUCCCACCAUCCAACCCGCUUCCGAUGCCGCCGAACCGGAGCCAAAGGUUCCGAUCGUCAAGGAGGAGGAAGAUAUGAAGCCUACCAUAUCUUACCUGACAGAUGUGGCUCUGUUUGUGAUUGCUUGCUGGUUGUAUUUGUUCAAGAAUCCCAAACUAGCCAUCCCUGUCAUCCUGCUGAUCAUGUAUCGACACAUCCGGGAGGCGGUCAAGGACAAGAUUCCUGCCUGGAUGCGACGAACAGAGGCGACGACCAGCUGA